AUGAGCGACAAGACAUGCGUCAAUAUCGUUGAUGAGCACAAGACCACACAUGCAGAUUUUCACCGUAGGAUGCUGAUUGAAGCCUCGGCUGAUUAUUUUAACGCGAACUUCUACGGCGAGAUUUCCUCUAAUCUGCCAUCGUGGUUAACAACCAGUGUAUCGAUGGGAGAUCGCACGGUUUCACUCGUCGGUCUGCCAUUUCUUUGUGACACAGCAAACAGCAGCGGUUGGACGAUUUUAGCUUGCAACUCUACGUUCGAAUGUCAAUGUAUACACAUCGUUACAGAAAAAUUAUCUGAUAAACCUCCAAUGUUUUCAUGCGAUUGUAAUCGACCGAUAUUCGCGACCAUUAAAGUUGGAUUCAAGGACUUUUCCAACUUCCUGGGAUCGCCGACAGGGAGGUUAAAAAUAUGGAGAAAAAUGAAGGCGUGUAUGAGCAGUGCCGACGUAACGUUGGAAAGCUUGAAAGUGAAAAGAGAACAUGCGUUGUUGGUUGACGAGAAACCUGAUUUCUUGAGCUUGCUCUCAAACCUAGCUCAAGCGAAUAAUGAUCGAAAACAAGUCCCAACAGCCUCCGAGGAGCAGCAAAAGUCACUAUUCUUUAUAUGGAAGAUAGGCUGUGGAUAUCUUGAUGACAAUUCCCUCCAAAUUCUUUCUAAAGUGGAGAAUCGCUUAAAGGAAUCUCCAGACAUCUCUGAUUGGAUGGGUCUCUCCAGCAUCCAAGCGGAAGCUAUUAUGCUAGACUGGAUGGUUGGAGAAUACGAUCACGUUUCGAAGGUGCGCUCCAAGAGACAAGCGUUUCAAGGCUACCAGCCAAUUUAUCCAUCUCGCACAGCAGGUGCUGUUACCGAAGCCUCCGGCAUGUCACCGUCUGAUUUAAGAGAAACGCAUUUUUCAUCUUCCAACGCGAAUCCUCCUAUUUUGGUACAACCGAUGGUACCAAUUGAGAUAACCGUUCAACAAAUAUCUAAUAUCAGGAUACCCCCUAACACAUUUCACUCUCCUGAUGGAUCAAAACUACAACUGCGACUGUUUGAGCAUAUUUACCCCAUGCAAUUUGGACUAGAUUUCAAAGAUCCUUCUGCAGCAAGGGGUCGUGAAAUUGGCGGCAACGGGGCAAGUUGGAUUUCCUUUGAUGAAACCAAUGAAAUUCUUCGCCUCCGUCCAUACCCUGAACACGAGGGAACACACAAAUUCGUUCUCUGUGCCUACAACGUUGCAAAUGGUCAAACGUGCACCAAUAUUAACGUUCGAGUGAAACCACCAACACCAAUUAGGAAGAGCUCUAUCAUUCACGUAUCCCCAGACAUAAAAUUUGGCAUAGUCAACAUUUUUCUCAGUUUCCAUGCUAUUUACUGCAAAAUUAUUGUCUGGAGAGGAUCUGAGGUCGCCUGA